UGUUUGUCGCCUCGCGAUCCUAGCUUGUCCCGGCCUACGUGGACCGGUGCGCCCCGUGCGGGGGCUUAAAUGCUUUGGGAAUCGCCAGCGGGUUCUUGCUGCGUUUCCGAUAGGAGCAGAUAGGGCCCGUGCGCGUUGUUCUUGGUGCUAGUGUCUUGCGUCCCUGUUGGGGGCAAAACCUCUGCUUGGGUCGCUGUAAUCUUCUUCAUGUGUUAGGAGUAGAGCGGAUCGCUUGUGAUUGUGCGUGGUUUCAGCUCAGCUUUGUGAGUUUGUACGGUCAUCUUGCUGAAUUUCAACAGCACAGUCUUUCCUUUCAGUAUAGACAGGCUAUUGCUGUUUUGUCACUCACUGAUAGCAAUCACAAGCCUAGCCUAUCUUGUUGCUAUGAUACCAUGAAUCUGCAAUUUAUUGAUCUGGUCAGAUGAAAGCAGUGUCAGUUGUUUCUGAGUGUAGUCCUACUGGUUUCUAAAUAUAUAGCACCUCUUGUCAUAGAGUGGUAACAAAUGGAUCGUCAUGAUACUUCUGGAUUUGUUAGUGGAGGAUGUAAGGAGACAAAGGACUGGAUAAAGGGACUGCUGACAAGCUUAUAUUUCUAACUCCUUAUAUUUCAUUGUGUUAUGUAACCCGGAAGUGAUGCUAACUGUACUUUUACAUAAAGAUCAAUAGAAUUUCAUUGUAGUCGCAGCCACCAGGAGCAAUGAAUCCUACACUUGAACACUCAGGGUUUACUGGAAAAUCUUCGAACCCAAAUACCCUUAGAAACUGGACCAGUGUUAGACCAGUAGUCAUGCAACCAAAAGCUUGUUCUACACAAGUUGACGUGCUUACCCAAGACAGCACGUAUUUUAUGUCAAGAGGGAUCAAGCGGAAUUGGGUUGACUUGUCACUUGGCUUAGGUAACUCAAGCUCCUCUGACUCCAGCAAGCAGAGCAUGGGCACAUGUUGCACUUUGUCUUCUGCUGCAAAAGACAGGGAUGAUGGAUCAUCUAUUGACUUGGACCCAAAUUUUCAGUUCAGUCUGUGUAAUGAAAGCACUUCAAAAAUGGGUACGAAUGCUUGUCAUGCUAAGAGAGCUUUGGAGAAGCAGCCUGUGAUGGAUCUUAAGUUAUCUUUGACUGUCGGGCCAUCUGAAUCUGUUGUUACUGAUGUGGACCUUAACAUGACCACCCAAGAUUACACCAUAUUGCUGGAAUCAUGCAAUAUGGCUUCAUUGCCAACAGUUGAUGAAGGAUCUACAUCUGCUCGCUGGAAAUCUGGUGGUAAGCUACUUCCUUUCCUGUUACCAGUUAGCUCCAGUCAGUCUCAUGGUCCUGUUCCACUUCCACCAACGAUACAACAGCCGAAAGAUCUGGUAGCCUGUUCUUCCAGAGUUGUCAGCCCACAACAGCGCUGUAGUAGCACAAAAAUUUGUUCACAACCAGGAUGCUUUAAAGGUGCUCGGGGUUCAUCUGGGCGCUGCAUUGCACAUGGUGGGGGCAGAAGGUGCCAGAGAGAGGGUUGCAAGAGAGGGGCUGAGGGGAAAACAAUCUUCUGUAAAGGUCAUGGAGGAGGUAGGCGCUGCGAGCAUCUCGGAUGCACAAAGAGUGCUGAGGGUCGCACCGAUUUCUGCAUAGCUCAUGGGGGUGGCCGCCGUUGCAGCCAUGAAGGGUGCAAAAAGGCAGCAAGAGGAAAAUCUGGCCUUUGUAUUAAGCAUGGUGGGGGAAAGAGAUGCCAAAAGGAGAAUUGUACAAAGAGUGCGGAGGGACAGUCUGGCUUUUGCAUUGCUCAUGGAGGUGGGCGGCGCUGCAAACAUGAAGGUUGCAGAAAAGGUGCUCAAGGCAGUACUAAUUUCUGCAAAUCUCAUGGAGGUGGCAAGAGAUGCACGCAUCCGAAUUGCAGCAAGGGUGCUGAGGGAAGCACACUCUUCUGCAAGGGCCAUGGAGGAGGGAAACGCUGUUCAGCUGAAGGCUGCCCAAAGAGUGUCCAUGGUGGCACCCAGUUUUGUGUAGCGCAUGGAGGCGGGAAGCGAUGUGUGGUACCAGGAUGCUCCAAGAGUGCUAGGGGACGGACAGAUUGCUGUGUUCGCCAUGGUGGGGGCAAACGAUGCCAAUUUUCUGGCUGCAGCAAGAGUGCACAGGGGAGUACUGACUUUUGCAAGGCUCAUGGGGGAGGUAAGCGUUGCUUAUGGGGCCAACCAGGAUCUGACCUUGGUGCUGGCAGUGCUGCUUGUGAACGCUUUUCAAGGGGAAAGAAUGGACUGUGCGUCGCACACAAUGCUCUGGUGGAAGACAGUCGAGUCCGUGGUGGCCAGACACUUGGUGCUAUUGGCUCACCAGGAUCUGUCGUGAACUUGGUUGUUAAUCAUGGGGCCCUUUCUGGAACCACCGAAAGCGGGAAUUUCAACUCUUUCAAUUUCGGUCAAAGGACCAGCAAUGCCGUGCAUCCUGCAGAGGUUCUUCCUCAUGUGCCAAUCUCUGCUCCAGAGGGGAGGGUGCGUGGUGGUAAUAUUGUGGCUAUGCUUGCUAAUGGCAAGAAUCUUGGAAAGCAAUUAAACUACAAUCUGGAGGCUAGCACCUCUACUCACAAUUGGCUGUAGCACAUAAAACACCAAUGCCACUGUUCAUUUGGUUUGCUUCGUCUCAACUGGCAAUUAACUAUUGUUCUUGCCCUGCUGUGUAUUUUGGAGGUACGCGUCCUGAUAAAUUAGCAUUUCUAUGUUAUAGGGUCAUUCUGUGCUUUUGUUGUAACCAUCUUGUGUGAUAAAUAAAAGGGGGGAAGUAGUGUAAUGGAUAUUAGCACCCCAAGUGUGAAACUAAAGUAGUUGCUUGGAGAUGUAACAGAUAAUCUUCCAAACUUUUAUGUUCCAUGUUCUCUGUGAGCAUAAGAUUAGCAUUGUGGUAGGUUCCUCAGUCACAGAGCAUGUAUGGAACUGUUGGAACUCUGCUAAAGCAUAUCUCGGACAUAUUUAGGCUGUGUUCUUGGUGCUGCUAUGUACUGUGUUACACAUUCUAUUGAAUUAUUUCAUACCAGAUACUGACAAUGGCCUGGAUAAAGAGUUUUA